GGCAACAGCCAGUGGAAAUGGAGGGCAGGAGCAAUCAGUGCUGGUCCGGGUCCAGGUCCAUCUCUGUGAGGCUCGGGUCGCGCGACGCGUUUGUACGUAGGCACCGCAUCUCAUCUUUUCUUUGGCGUCGCAACCACAACCAAUUCACUCCCUCCCACCGACACCUGCCACCGACUAUGCCAGGCUGUAGCCUCGGACAUGCGCCCUCUGCUACCUAACAUUCCUGAAUAAAAGACUCAGCCACCGCCCGUUUCCUUGCGCGACUCCCAGGUCGCACUCCUGCCCUCGGCUUUUGACGCGCUCACCGGUCGCAUUCGCGAUUCUCGAUACCCCUCCAACCUCCAACCUCCAAUCGUCGUCCUCUCCCCCAGUUACGAAUCUCCGGGCUCGCGCCCAAAGUCGUCAUCAUGGGCAAGCUCAUCCGCCUCGAGCUGUUUAACUUCAAGUCCUACAAGGGCCAUCACACACUCCUCUUCGGUGAUUCCUAUUUCACCUCUAUCAUCGGACCCAAUGGAUCCGGGAAAUCUAACUCCAUGGACGCCAUCUCCUUUGUGCUUGGCAUCAAGUCCUCCCAUCUCCGAUCCGCGCACCUUAAAGAUCUCGUCUACCGCGGUCGAGUACUGAAGACUUCAAAGAUUAACGACGACGGCUCUGCAGACACCAAUGGCCAUACCAAUGGAUUUGCCGAUGACGACGACAAGGCCUCCCGCGGUGACCCCAAGACCGCCUGGGUCAUGGCCGUGUACGAAGACGAUGCAGGCGAUGAACAGAAAUGGAAGCGCUCCAUCACCAACCAGGGUGCCAGCGAAUAUCGCAUCAAUGAGCGCGUUGUCACCGCCCAGCAGUACAACGGAGCCCUCGAGUCGGAGAACAUCCUUAUCAAGGCGAGAAACUUCUUGGUAUUCCAGGGUGAUGUUGAGGCUAUUGCUUCACAGUCCCCUCAAGAUCUCACCCGCCUCAUCGAGCAAAUUUCUGGGAGUCUCGACCACAAAGCAGACUACGAAAGGCUCCAGGGAGAGUCGGAGCAGGCUGCUGAGAAUCAAAACUUUCAGCUACACAGACGUCGUGGCAUCAACUCCGAGAUCAAGCAAUACCGCGAGCAGAAGAAGGAGGCCGACAACUUUCAGAACAAGACGGAGGAGCGAGAUGCCGCCAUUGUUACCCAGAGUCUGUGGAAGCUCUUUCACUUUCAGAAGGCCAUGGAUGAAUCGCAUGCAGCAAUCCAAGACCACCAGGAGGACUUGAAAGAACUCCGUCGCAACGUGGAAUCUUUCGAGAAGCGACUCGAAGCUGCGCGAAAGGAGCAAUCCUCCACUGGACGUCAUGUUGCUCGGAUAGACAAGGACAUCAAGCUCAAGGAGAGAAGCAUCGAGGACAAGGAGAACAGUCUUGUUCCUUUUGAGGAAAAGAUCCACGAGUCCGCUCAACAAAUCGAAAAGUUGCAGGGACAAGUGGCAAAGGUCUCGAAGGAGCGCGAUGAGCAGGCCGACAUUGUCAACAAGGUCAAGAAGGAUAUUGAAAAUGUAGAAAAGGCUCGGGAGCUCUUCGAAAAUGACUACAAGGAGCAGAUGAAGAAGCAGGGCCGCGAGGUCAGUGACACGGAUCGCAAGGAGUAUAACACCCUCCGCGCCCAGGUCAUGGCUCGUUCCGGUCCCAACCAAGCCAAACUAGAGAACCUUGAGCGACAACGAAAGGCCGAUGAAGUAACUGUCAAUAACCUCAAAGGCAAGGUUGACAGCAUCGCUGCUGCCAUCGAGAAGAUCGAGGCUGAGCUCGCCAACAUUAGCGAAAGGAGAACUGCCGCCGAGAUCGCCUCCAAGGAACUUUCCAAGGAAAUCGACGCCAAAAAGAAGGAAUUCAAUCAACUACAGUCAGAGCGCGUCCGAACGAACCAAAAGCGGACUGAACUAGAGGAGAAGCUCGAGGAUGUAGCCAAAAGGCUCAGGGAGGCAGAUGAUGGUCGACGUCAAAACGACCGGGAGGCCCGACUGAAGGAGAUGGUGACUUCCUUGAAGCGCAUCUAUCCGGGUGUCCGUGGCCGGAUUGGUGAUCUCUGUACUCCCAAGCAGAAGAAGUUCGAUGAGGCCAUCAUCGUGGCUCUGGGAAGGGACUUUGACUCGGUUGUGGUUGACUCGGAGAAAAUCGGUGUUGAAUGUGUCCAAUAUCUCAAAGAGCAGAGGUUCCCUCCCAUGACCUUCAUCCCAUUGGACAACAUCAAGGUCAACGCAGUCAACACUGCUGUCAAGGGCUUCUCGGGAGCAAGGCUAACCAUUGACACCAUCACCUUCGAUUCAACCGUGGAGCGUGCCAUGUCUUAUGCAUGUGGGAGCUCAGUCGUGUGUGACACUCUCGAUAUUGCCAAGCACAUUUGCUACGAAAAGAAGAUUCCAGUGAAGGCCGUAACCCUGGAGGGCUACAUCAUCCACAAGGCAGGCCUGAUGACGGGUGGCCGUGGACCCGAACAGAAGGGCGGGAAACGGCGAUUCGAAGAGGCUGAUGUCCAGAACUUACAACGAAUGGCCGCUACGCUCAAGGAGGGCAUUGAGCGCUUGCCAAAAGCCGAUCGACGUGGGUCUCAGGAAGAGUCACUACAAAUCGACCUCGCUGGCCUCGAACGACGCCUAGCUGCUGUCAGAGACGAGCUCACUGCCUAUAACAAGAACCAUUCGAGCAAAAUGCGCGAGUUGGACAACCAGAAGCGGCAGCUUCGAGAGCUCCAGCCCAAAUAUGAGGGACAGGCAUCGCAGCUUGAAAGUACCAAGGCAACGUGCCAAGAAUUCAAGGAUGCCAUUGCCCAAGUCGAAGAUCAAGUUUUCGCAGACUUCUGCAGGCGGCUCGGGUACAGUGAUAUUCGCGCCUACGACGCCUCCCAGGGCAAGCUGGAGCAAGAGGUGUCAGAGAAGCGAAAUCAAUUCGAUGUUCAGAAGCAACGGUUAUCAAGCCGACUCCAGUGGGAGAAGGCUCGUCACGACGAAACGGAGGGUCGGAUCAGCAGAAUGCAGACCCACGUACGACGGCUCAAGAGCGAUACCAAGUCCUACACGAAGGAGAAAGACGCCAUUCAAAAUGCGAUGCGCCAGGAGCAAGAUGAGGCCGAGGCCCUUCAAGAGACACUCGAGGGCAGCCGAGCAGAGCUUGGAGAAAAGAAUCAGAAGGUUGCAGAGGCCAGGGCCGAGGUGCAGAAGCGUAGCAAAGACAUUGACGUGCGUCUGAAGGACAUCAAUGCCCUGGAGACGACGGUGCAGAAGAACAGCGCUAGCAAGUCUGCGCUUCUGCGACGAUGCCGGCUGGAACAAAUCCAGAUCCCCCUCGUGGAGGGAACUCUGGACAACCUGCCCAACGAAGAUGAUCUGCUGCACCAAGACCCCGAUGCCAUGGACAUCGACGAGGAUGAUGAGGAAAUGAUGGGCAUUGCGCUGGAUGAUCACGGAAUCGAAAUUGAUUUUGAUGGCCUCGACGACGAGCUCAAGAGCUCGGAUGAGCCCAGCCUGGAGGAAUCACUUUCCGAUAAAAUCACAGCCCUUUCCGCUGAGUUGGAAAAACUUAACCCGAACAUGCGAGCCAUGGAAAGACUGGAAAGCGUCGAGUCCCGGUUGAAACUUACCGAUCAGGAAUACGAGGAUUCGAAAGCGGCAGCCCAUGCGGCUAAGGAAGCGUUCAGCGACGUCAAGGAGAGGAGGUUCGAGCUCUUCAACAAGGCAUUCUCUCACAUCCAGGAACAGAUAUCACACGUUUACAAAGAUCUCACACGAUCUGAGGCGUAUCCCUUGGGUGGACAAGCAUAUCUCGACAUUGAAGAGGAUACGGACAUGCCGUACUUGUCUGGUAUCAAGUACCAUGCGAUGCCGCCGCUCAAGCGCUUCCGAGACAUGGAGCAUCUCUCAGGUGGCGAGAAGACAAUGGCGGCGCUUGCGCUCUUGUUUGCCAUCCACAGCUAUCAGCCAAGUCCCUUCUUUGUGCUCGACGAAGUGGAUGCGGCGCUGGACAAUGCGAACGUGGACAAGAUCAAGAAGUACAUCCGGGAGCACUCUGGUCCAGGAAUGCAGUUCAUCGUCAUCAGUCUCAAGGCGGGCUUGUUUCAGGACAGUGAGAGCCUGGUUGGAGUCUAUCGCGACCAGGAGGUGAACAGUUCAAGAACUCUAACAUUGGAUCUGAGGAAAUAUGCGUGAUAAAACAUGAGGUCAAAGAUGGAUGUUUUCAGGGGUAUGGAGGAGAGUGUCGGGUAUUUGACCCAACACAGCUUGAGUGCAGUAGAUUUCAACCGGCGUGAAUUGGGUCUGGAUUUGGAGGUUGCGUAUGAAGUCACGACUUUGGCUGUAUCAAUUGACAGUGUAAUGCAUACCUGAGAUUUGUAUCAAAUAACAUCAGCACCACUAAAUCACUUGG